AUGGCGGACAGUGAAGCACUGGAGGACCUGGGCCAUGGAACAGUGGCAGACAGUGAAACUCUGGAGGACCUGGGCCGUGGAUCAGAGGCAGACUGUGGAACAGUGGAGCAGGAGACCACCAGGUCAGAUCCAGAGGAGCAUGUAGCCAUGGCGGAGGCGACAGAGCAGGAAGGCAGGGUGGAGCCGGCAGAGCAGGAAGGCAUGGCGGAGCCGGCAAGGACAAGCAGUGAGAUCAUGGACGGCCUCCUUGGCUGUGACAGGGCAGGCAGAGAGUUCAUGAACGGCCUCCUUGGUCGUGACAGGGCAGAUUGUUCUCACUCGCUGAUGGUUUUUGCCACAUACAUUGCUGGACAGACACAGUUUCCCGAGUUCACUCUUGUGCUGAUGUUAGAUGAUGUGGAAGUGAUGUACUAUGACUCAGUAUCAUUGAAAGCUGUCCACCGCAGUCAGAGUAAUUCAAGUGAUGACAAUGGUGCGGGUAGUAUAUUCAGUGAUGUAUAUGACAUCAUGAAAGAUCGAACAUUUUAUCUUAAGGACCACCAAAAUUGCACAGAUGGUUUGCAUGUUUAUCAGAAACGUGUUGGAUGUGAAUUGCUUGACAAUGAUCAGCCAGGUUUGUUUCUUUCAUGGGAUGCUUUUAAUGGACAAAAUACUGAAGAGUUCACCUUUGAUGUGGCAAAAAGAACUAUGCAAAUGAAUUUACCAUGGAUGAGAAUAAAAGGCAUGGGUCAGAUGGAAUGGCUUCAUGUGAAGUUUCUGUAUGAACAUGUUUAUCAUCCUGUUUGCAUGAAGGCUUUGCGGGCAUUCCUGGAAAAAGAAAAGAACACUGUGAUGCGAAAAUUGAAACCCAAAGUCAGACUCUUUAGGAAGCCUCUUACAGACUCUCAAGGGCUUCAGAUCAGCUGUCUGGCCACUGGUUUUUACCCCCGUCACAUUAACCUGACCCUGUUCAGAGAUGGUCAGCCUGUGGAUGAUGAUCAGAUCACAGGAAGAGAGAUUCUGCCCAACGGAGACGGAACGUACCAGAUGAGGAAGAGUUUGGUGAUCAGUGAAGAAGAACUACAUAACACAUAUUACAAAUGCACAGCAAACUACCUAAACCUGGACAACAAACUGGACAUUGCUUUUGAUGAGGAUCUAGAAAAAUCUGACUUUGGAUCCUCUGCUCUGUCUACAAUUAUCAAUGUGCUGAUAUUAAUGUGUGUGGCUGUUCUCAGCAUAACUGCACUCAUCAAAUGGAGGAAGAGACGAGCUGCUGGACCUGGCUCCAGUACUUCACAUCAAAGUGGAUAUUCACCUACAUCAACUUCAGAACAAGAAACAACUUGA